UAGGUCAGCCUUGGCCGUAUGGUAUACUAUUGGUCUGUUAUUUGUUCUCGUUUUGUGUAUAUGUGUGUAACUAUCGACACUUAAAUAAACAACUGCCUCUCCCUGAACUGAACAACUACACCUUUGUGUACUACGACCUUGGCCUAAAGCCAGAGCAGAUUGAACAGCUGAAGAAACACUGCCAGUGUGAAGUACGACGGUAUCCUGUUGAGAAGAUGCCUACCAUGCAUAAGACGCUCCGAUGUUACACAUGGAAACCAUUCAUAAUUCAGGCAAAUAUUCACUUUGCUGACAUUUUAAUUUGGGCCGAUGCAUCUAUACGAUUUUCAAAGUCGAUUAUUGGACCGCUUCUCAAAGAUGUGAACAUAAAGGUCGCCAUCAUGGGAUUGGACUCACCAGUAUACUCUGUGGCCGAUCAUGUGCAGAAAACUACCUUCGACCAUUUCGGUGAACAGACAUGUACUUUUGCUCAAGGUGGCGAGAUGGCGGCAACGUUUCUAGCCUUUAAAAACGAACGUUUGGUCAGAGAGGCCAUACUCAAGCCUUGGAUAGCGUGUGCCUUAGAUUCCAAAUGCAUGUGUCCUUCCAACCCAGAGAAACUUAUAGUGUGUCAUACGAACAUGAGAAAAUAUAACAAGUGUCACAGGUUUGAUCAAGCUGCUUUGAAUAUAAUUCUAGCGAAAUUGUUCUGGGGCAAUGAGCGGUCAUUUACACCAUCCAGAAAAUACUUUGACAUACGGAAAGAGGAUAGAGUGCACUAUUUUGAUAAGUUAGGAAAAUGAUGUUCGGGAAAUGUUCUUGUGUUUGAAAUAGUAGUUAUUUGUAUGCAAUGCACAGGCAUCGUUUCGGUGGAAGGCCAAUGUUGAACGCCCAUGAUCCUGGUAGAAGACAGUGGACAUAUAUCACGAUCUUCGUUGUGAAAA